AUGAGGUCUGCUCAGGAAGGCAGACCCUCCCUUGGAAAAGUGGAAGCUGCUCCGGAGAGUCUGCCUGAAGUGAAGACAAAGGCCCAGUCUUCACAGGCGAAAGUCUCAUCUACUGAUCCAGCCGUUGUAGAGGGUUCGCCAAGUACCCACACUCAGCAAAGCAAGGGCCCAGAGAACAGGCUUCCGGUGCCCUACGAGAAGCAGAGUUUGGCGUCCCGAGUUGCAGAGGCUGAGGCCUGGGAGACUCAGGCUUUUGAAGCUGAGAAAAGGAGGAGCAGCCAAUUUAGGCAAGCCUCUAUAUUUGAGCUGGAAGAUGCCCCGGUGAAACAGAAACCCUCCCUUAAGAAGGUGGAGGUAUCAGAGAAGAAAAAGAGUGAGGUCGUCUCCACCCGUCCGCUCUGGGCCAACAAGGCUGAGUACAUCUUCGCCCUGGUGGGCUUCUCCUUGAGGCCACUCAAUCUUUGGCGUUUCCCCCACCUGUGGCUUCACAAUGGCGGUUGUAAUUUUUUCAUCAUCUACAUCUUCUUGCUGUUCUUGAUGGGGAUUCCUCUCCUCUUCCUGGAGAUGGCAGUUGGUCGGAGGAUGCGCCAGUGCAGCAUCUGUGCAUGGACUGUCAUGGGCCCCUGGUUUGGUGGUGCGGGGUAUAGCAGCGUAAUGGUGUGCUUCAUCACCGCCUUGUACUUGAAUGUGGCCAAUGGCUGGAUCCUCUUCUACUUGGGCCAGUCCUUCCAGUUUUCCGUUCCGUGGGAGCGCUGUCCUCUCCUGAAGAACUCCAGUGGCUUUGAUCCUGAAUGUGCACGGACAACACCCUCCAUGUACUUCUGGUACCGGCUGACCUUGAAGGCCUCAGACAGCAUUGAGGAGCGUGGGCCACCAGUCAUCUCUCUGCUCCUGCCCCUUUUGAUGGCUUGGUGUCUUGUUGGCAUUUUCAUGAUUAAUGGGAUCAAGUCCACCGGGAAGGUAUUAUGUGUCUUGGUACCAUUGGCUGGUAUCAUCACAAUCUCUUUACUCAUCCGGAGUGUACUGCUGACCGGGGCACGAUACGGGCUUCAGCGUUUGACGGUGAUGAAGGUAUCGGCUAUGUACAGCAUAACUGCGUGGAUCCAAGCAGGGAUCCAAGUCUUGUUUGCCUUAGGUCUCGGCUUUGGCCCCGUUGUCAUUUACUCCUCGUACAUGGACCAGCCCAACAACUGUCUCAGUGAUGCGUUCGUUGUGGCUUUCAUCAACCUGGGCUUCUCGAUACUUGCCAUGCCUUUUAUCCUCAGUGUGCUGGGCUUCUGGGCCACUGUCCUCAUACACAGCUGCAUUGAGAAGAAUGCUGAAUUGCUUUUGAAGCUGGUAGUCCAGGGGAAACUGCCUCCUGAGGCCCUGCCCCCUAUAAACAUACCAGAUGAUCCACACGUCAUCUUCACCUCCUGGCUCAACAGUCUUUCCCAGCCCAUCAAGAACCUGGUCCUCUCCCACAUUACUGAGUGCAACUUAGAGAAGCAGUUUUUGAAGGUUAAGGAGGGCCUAAGCUUUGCAUUCCUGGCCUUCAUUGAAGCCAUGUCAUUCAUUUCUGGGUCUGUGUUCUGGUCCAUCCUCUUCUUCCUGCUGUUGCUGCUCCUGGAGAUGGGUUUCAUGAUAGGGCUCCUGCAAGGUGUCAUGACUCCACUCCAGGACACCUUUCCUUUUUGCAAGAAACAUGAAAAGCUAUUGACAGUGGUUCUCUUUGGACUCAUGUUCCUGUGUAGCAUCUUCUUCAUUCAACCUGCAGGCGUCUAUUACAUCAAACUGCUGAGUGAUUACUGGAUGGUCCUCCCCAUCAUCGUCAUCGUCAUAUCUGAAAACAUGGCUGUGAGCUGGGCCUAUGGGUCCAGGAGGUUCCUUGCAGAAUUGGGGCCUCUGUGGAGCCGCCCCAUCCAUCCCAUCUUUCACUGCCUGUGGUGCUGUGCGUGUCCGUUUGUGCUGCUCGUCCUGUUCACUGUAAUUCUGAUUUUUCUGUCUCUGAAGACCUUCACCUAUGUGGCCUGGGACUCAAGCACUUCCAAAGAGGUGCCUCGACCAUACCCAUCAUGGGCGCUGCUUGUAAUGGUUUUUAUCUUCCUCAUUGUCACCCUCCCCAUCCUCAUAUACUUCGUAUACAGCUUCGCCCAUGGUAUUCCCUUCAAACCCAGAAGCUUGGAGGAACCUCUCAGAUCCUCCAAAUCCCAAAGUCUCAGUAACGAGGCCCAAAAGAAGGAAACCCCACAAGGUGAUUUCUCUUUCUCGGGCCACUUGUCGAAGGUCCUUCGCAGGGUUGUUUCAACUGGGACUAUCCCACGGCGGGAGACUGGUUUCUGUCAUGGGUUCUUCUCUGCAGAGGCCGGGGGUCCUCACUGCAUCAAGUGCGGUUUCUUGGCACCUUGA